AUUUCCGAUGCCGAAAUAGCUAUGAAACUCGCCGACCUCCCCGGUCAUAAUGUAGUAGGGUGCGCUGAGUCGAGUUCGUGGCGGCCUGGAGGCAUCCCACACUCAAUCUUGGUGUGUUGGGGUAGGCUAGAUCCACAAAAUGCCGGCGUUGGACCUCCAAUAGUGUUGAUUGCCCUUGCCGACUUCUAGACUUGGACUACGGGCAUCACCGAGCUCUCCUUACCUUGAAUAUCGUUCACCCGGGUGCCCAAAAGAGCUGCCUGGGUUAUAUAAGACGAAGCUUUGCAUGAAUCUCACUCUCUCUUCUCACUAUACUACCAUUAGUAGAGUUUGUAUCAGCUUCCCGUUCAUACUUAUCCAUUCCAUACCCAACGACAAAAACAGGUUACAAACCCGCAAUGUCUCUGUCCAUCCUGCCCGUCUUCCACCCCUACCCGCUGCUGGCAGCUACGCUUCCUAGCCUGCUGCUGCUCUGGGCGGCCGUCGCCUUCGUGACCAAGUCCUACCCCUUCAGCAGGGCAGCAACCGAACCAAAUCCGGAUCCCACUUCCAGGCCGAAAACAACAACCGACCGCAAGUCCGAUCCUCCUACGCCGGCCGAGUCGCAGUCCAGACCGAUCCCAAUAACGUCGACCGUGAUACCCUGGCGGGCCUCGUUCAGCUUCGCUUCCAUGGGCGCUCGGGCCCCGCCGUUCCGCCUGUCCGGCUCGGUCGAGGCUCGGAAAGGCUCGUCCUCGGACGAGAGCUUGGCCGCAUCCUGCUCGGAGACCGAAUCGCUGUACCCGGGCCUGUACACCACAAACGGUGAGACGGUCCUCGCUGGAGUUGGCGGACAGUUUGUCCCAAAGGGUUACCCUGGCGCUGGUCCUGGUACUGCUGGUGGUGGUGGGGAUAAUGUAGAUAGGAGGAGGAGUAGGUUGAGUUGGUAGGUAGUUGGGCGUCUUUGGGUGUUUGUUUGUUUGUCUGUGUGCGCCGGAAGGAGGAGAGUGAAUCCUGAAUGGAUUUUCAUGAGUGGAGGGAGGAUCGUGGGUUGAUCUUGGAGCUUUUAGACGGCGUUCGUGGGGUAUAAGAUACCAUGUACCGGCGGAUCGCCUGACCUGACGGUCGCUCUCAAAACAGCAGAGGGCUAAGUCGCUGUCGAAGUCCCUAUAUUGGUUGUAUAUUCAUUCUUUGGACAAUAAACCGGUUUCCAUUUUUGUUGACUCGAACAGGAAGAUGUAAGUUCCGGCAGGCGCUGCGGCACAGUUUCCUUUAUAAUA